AUGACCGAUCCAAAGAGGGGGCGUGUGCAAUGGGAUGAAGCUAAUAUAGUGGAAAUUGAAUCUAACAAACCUGUAAGGCAGAAGAUUACUGAGCCAAAGACACCGUACCACCCGAUGAUUGAUGAUGAUGGUUCUCUGUCUCCUAGAGGAAGAUCGUUUGACGAAUGCGUUGAAGAUAUGGAGCGUGCUGAAGAGCUGAAAAAUGUUCUGAAUGAUGCAGCAGCUUCUUCCAGUAGAAAUACCAGCCAGGGGUCCGUUUCUGGUGGCUGGAGCUCGUCCGAGGAAGAUUCAGAUCCAAUGGAUCAAGAUGAAGAAGAUCCCGAAGGUGAGAAAAAUGCACGUUUCACCGAACACAGAAGAGUACAUUAUGAUGAGUUUCGGAAGGUGAAGGAACUGAGAUCCUCAGGGUCGUUCUAUGAAGAAGAAGAGGAAGAGGAUGAUGGCACAAAAGGCAGUAAAUCAGAAGCUUCAACAACCUCACGACACACUAAAGGCGUUAACAAAGAGUUGGAUGCAGCCACAACUGUAUCGGGGAAGUCCUCGAGUUGA